CAAAAAAAAAAAAGAUCAAAUUUCAGACAACCCAAAAAUAAAGGAAAGUCAGAGAGCGAUCGAAGCUACCAGGAAACUGCCUUCUAUGUCGGCGGCGAUUUUACAAGCCUGUCCAAUGACUUCCCGUUACCCGCCAAAUUUCUUGUCCGAAUCCGAGCUCGAUCACGACCAUGGACAUCAUGAGCUCUCCUCGGCGGGAAUUCCCCACCGCCUCUCUCUCCAGAUUUUUAUACUACAGUUUGUCGGUGAUUUCCUCUUCUUCCACCUUAUAAACUCUAAUCGCGUUUUGCCCGUUUCCCCAUUUCUACCUCCUCUCUCCCCCCACUUUCCCUUCGUUUUCUCUCUCCCCAAACGGUAAAUUUCCCGUCUUUCCGCUGUUCUAGAUGAGCCCAGAAAAAGACAAUCCUUCCAAACAACCUCCAGUAUCGGGUGCUGCUAUUCCCACCAUUUCGACCCGACCCGAAUCCGGGUCCCCGUACAUCUACACUGACAUGGACUUCUCUGCUUCUCCGCUAUCCUCACCGCUCAGCGGGUUCGAGCCGUUCUCCACCUCCGGAGCUCCGCCACCGGCCGCCGGGAUCUGCGGCGACGGAGAGGCGGAGGGCUUCGAGGUACCGCAGCCGUUGGAGUGCUUGCAGGGGAAUCCGAUUCCGGCGUUUCUGUCGAAGACGUUCGAUUUGGUGGACGACCCGAAUCUCGACCCGAUCAUUUCUUGGGGCCAGACCGGGUCGAGCUUCGUGGUGUGGGACCCGGUAGAGUUCGCGAGGGUCAUUCUUCCUCGGAAUUUCAAACACAACAACUUCUCCAGCUUCGUCCGACAGCUAAAUACUUACGGUUUUCGGAAGAUUGACAGUGACAGGUGGGAAUUCGCAAACGAGGCUUUCCGGAGAGGUAAAAAGCAUCUUCUGAAGAACAUCCAUCGCCGGAGAUUGCCCCAAUCUCAGCAAGCCACCACGAGCAGCAACAGCUUCAGAUCGGCUCUUGAGGUCGGGGCUGAGAUCGAGAAUCUGAGAAAAGAGCGAAAGGUUUUGAUAGAGGAGGUGGUAGAGCUUCAGCAGCAGCACAGAGGGACUGCACGCCACAUGGACACCGUAAAUCAAAGGCUUCAAGCUGCAGAGCAAAGGCAGAAGCAGAUGCUCUCAUUCUUGGCCAAGUUGUUUCAGAACCCGAGCUUAUUGGAACGUCUCAGGAGCCGCAGAGGAGGAGGAGCUCUCGGGUCAUCAUCAUGUUCAAAGAUGAGAAGGAAGUUCAUCAAGCACCAACAACACAAUGAAGGUUCUAAACUAGAUUCUCCAACCGGAACCGAAGGUCAGCUUGAGAAGUACACUGCUGAUGACACUGGUAUGAUGGUAACAAACACAGAUUUAAGUAUUGCAGAAGAAGAGGUUCUACCCUUUCCAUUAGCGGAGCAAUUCUCGGGGCAAGGGGCUUCAAGCUCGGGAACUGGGCAACGACCAGAACAGUAUCUCGAUACAAAAGGAAAGGACUUGAUGAAUCCACCCGAAGAAAUGAUGAAUUCAGAGUACUUUGCUUCUUUCCCAUCUCCUGGAGGACUGUACAACGUUGUCAAACAAGAGGAGAUAUGGAACAUAAGUGUUUCCACAAUGCCAAGUUCCAGCAACACUGAACUAUGGAGCGAUGUCAUCAACUACGAGUUCCCAGCGCUUGGCCCUGUCUCAGCAGUGACAACAACAGCGACAGGCGGUUUAUCUGAUGUCUGCUGGGAUCUUGGAUCCGAACCACUGGCUUCAGCAGUUUCAGAGUUCGGUUUCAAUUGGCCAACUGGUGAAAACCCCUCUCCUGAUGACAAUACCCGAAAAACCGAAUGAUCUUUAGAGCUUAGAGGCAUGGGAAUCCACCCCUUCAUAGUUACAAUAAUCCCAUUAUUUAUCAUACUGAAUGAUCCAUUUGGUUAUGUGGUUUCUGAAUGCAAACUUAUAUAUCAAUUGGAGCAUAUUCUUUAAAGGAUCUUGUUUCUAAUUCUUAUAUACAGUUUCA